UGUGUGUAGUAUGCUCACGGGACUACAGCAAGUACAGCAGAGGAGCAGACAUGCCUCCAAAGAAAGUGGGGAAAACAAAAAUAAAAAACACCACGAGGGAGAAAACAGAAAAAAGUGAAAAUGACUUGGAAGCAAAGUACCGGCGCAGUAUUCUGGAUAUAGCUGUUCUACAGGAUCAUCUUGCCUUACGGUGUGAUUCACUAGUGAAGGCCCGAUCUGAUAGCAUCGACCUGAGGGGACGGAUGAGAGCCAUGGAGCUGAAGCUGCAGCACGAGAGACAGGACAACAGGGACGUCAACUCAGUCCUCAGUCGCCAGUACAUGACCAUGCAAGCAGAGCUGACCAGCAAGGUGAAGAGGCUGGAGGAGGAGGUCAGCCGGCUCAGGGAGCAGCUCGGCUUGUGUCAGGAGGAAUUGAGGACAGAGAAAAGACAGCGUGAAGUUGUGGAGAGGGAGAAGGACGCCACCAUAGCUGACCUCCGACACAAGCUGGACGGCAUGGAGACGGACUGUGAGAGGAUUCUGCACGACACCCUCGACAGCCUGACAUCCCAGCUGUCUGUGGCUCGCCAGGGAUGGGAGGACAAGAGCACAGACAUUCACCAAAAAUACAAGGACCUGCUUAGCGGCUUUGGGCUGAAUGCACUGGACAUCUAACUCACAAAGUCCCGUCCCACACGAAUGUUUUGCUCUCUUUCACAGGUGUCGGUGAGCCAAACUUGUAUAAUGUUGUAUCUUCAUUUGGCCUUACUUUAACCUGUUUCAGCUGACAUCCUAUGACAGCAACUUUUCAAUUUCCUUCACCUACCAGACAAAUGGAUAUUUUAUUAUAUAAUUUGUGUCCACCAGAGUGCAUAAGAGAUUCAGUUAUCAAUGCUUAUAUUGGAUACUGCAUGAUGUAAUGCCUGUAAUUCUGUGAAACGUCCACUAGGUGUAGCAAAUGACUGUUCCUGGUGUGAGAUAUGGCGAUGAGGCUGUCCCAUAUACCCAGAGGUUAUUUCAGUAUUUUUGAAUAUAUGUAUGGUCCAU